GUUGGUACAACUGUUAAAUGUAGUCUGCUGCUGUUGCCGUCUGCUUGGCUGUUCUGCUUGUUUGUAUAUGAGCUUUGAAGUAUAUUUCUGACGAAAUUCACCUGAUAUCGAUGAAAAGAACUUGUCACAUGAUAAAAUGUUUGCCGAAGUCGAUGUUUUUAUUAGUAAUUAUACUUUAGUGGAUCCAGAAGUUUACCAGUUAUGGAUUGAUGGAAGUUCAUCUUCGGAGGCUGUUAAAAGCCUCCAGGAGGGAGGUGUCGUCCAUCAAACGGGAGCUACUUUGGAAUUAGUCGCAUCUGACGUAUUGGAUCACUAUCGAACCUACAGUCUGCUAGAGAAGCUACUUCACAACCCACCCAAGCUCUCCGAACAACUUGCCUUUCAGAUUGAACCCCAAACCCGUGGACUUCUUAUCGAAAAGUACUAUGCUUUUGAUGAUGCCGUCAUUCGUGAGCUGUUAGGAAAGAAAUUAUCUUCACGUCACCGGAAGGACUUAGAUGAAGUUAGUGAGAAGACACAUGUCCAGCUAAAGUCAUGUCGGCGCCAGUUUGACAAUGUCAAACGGGUGUUCAAAACUGUUGAAGAGAUGCAAGGAUCUGUUGUAAAGAAUGUUUGCAAACUCUUUCUACUCCCAGAGCCUCUUGCAAGGCGUUAUGGUGCUGUUGUGUUUUUGGCAUCCAUGAGGUUUGAAACUGGAAAACGAAAGCUUCAAUACCUUACUUUUCCUGAUUUUUGCCACUGCGCCCAGGCAAUGAUGUCUACUUGGACGUACAAAGAUUCCCAACAGGACUAUGAUGAUACUGAUUUAGACAGAGAAUUUUUGUUAGAUAUUCGAGAAUUUAGGGUGUUGUUAGAGAAAGAAAAAGAACACAAACACCUGGUGUGCAGUCGCCUUAAACCUCAACUUCUGGAACGCUCAUAUCAAGAGUUAGAAUCGAACUUUAGAUCCUAUUCACGCUCUAUUGUGGGCAUAGCAUGCAACCUUCAUCGCACGAAAGAUCUAAAGGACCUAUUUGUGGAUUUGGUUGAAAGGUGUAUAGAACCAUGGCGACAAGCUCACUGGUCUCACAGUGACCUGACUAACUUUUUGUCUGUCUACACAAGCAGUGCUCACGAGCUUGAUGUAUUUCAAGAAAAUGAUUUGAAGUCCCUCUGGGCUCGUUAUAUGAGUGUCAUUACUACUUGCUUACUCCGUAUGUUUCAUACAUAAUCCUAUUGUUUUGUGUUUUCCUUUUUAAAAUUUGCUAUAUUUUAUGUAUGCUUUCUACAAGUUCUAGCUGUAUAGAUCACUUUACAUUCUGUAACAUUAUAUUUGUGAUUUACUGUAUUAAUUAAAUAUGCAGAGAACAAGACAUUGUUGAAAUGUUUGUCUCAGGAAUGAAGAAUAAAACUACACAAAUUUCUA